CUCGUUAUCUGAAGUAUUAUUCUCUCUUUUAUCUCCCAUUUUCAUUUUCAAUUUUCACUUGGCUUGUUAGCGAGCGUUUGCUCCACAUUUCCAGUCUUCCAAAAUUUGCGUGAUGCGUGAAAAAUAUGUGAUUUUGUGAAUUCUAACCUAAAAAAUAAGUUCUCGUGAAAGUGAAGUGUUAAUUAUUAAAUAUAUAAAAAAAAACAAAUAUGUUUGCGAACGGACAAGUCGUAGGAGAUGGCACAUGGGACCUUCGAGUUUUUGUCACGGAUCUUCAAACGGAAAGGUUGAUUCGCGUAAAAGGAGAUGUUCACAUUGGCGGCGUAAUGUUGAGGCUGGUCGAGGACCUAGAAAUAUCGAUGGAUUGGUCAGACCAUGCUUUAUGGUGGCCCACUAAAAACGUAUGGCUUACAAGAACUCGAUCUACUCUAGACCAGUGCGGCGUUCACGCCGAUGCUCUACUCCAUUUUACACCAAUGCACAAAAUUCUGAGAGUACAGCUACCCGACCUUAGGUACCUCGAUAUGCGAGUGGAUUUUUCAAUAAAAACCUUUUCGGCUGUAGCUCAACUAUGCAAGGACCUCGGAAUCAGGCAUCCUGAAGAAUUGUCCCUUUCCAAACCGUUGGAAUACGUUCAUCUAAAAUACAAUUAUAAAGAUAUGCCAAAGAAGAAAUAUGAAAAUGGUACGACUAAAAACGGGCAUUUACCAGCCGAUACGAAUACUUUUAUAGCCAAUACGAGUCCCGGUGGAAGUACGGGAAGUUUGGAUAAAUCUCCUUUCAUGUGCGCGCCCGUUACGCCCUCUAGAGCACCAGCUAGUUCGACGCCAGUUAGCAGUCCGCAGGGAAACGGUACGUGGAAUAGGAAUGGUUUCGACAUGAAUGGCACAUUGAACUAUUCGGGACAUAUACCUAACAGUGCUAGUUUGGAACAACUCGACGGAUCUUUCGAUAACUCUUUGGCGCACAGUCCACCAACUCCUCAUCCGGAGGCUAGGAAGUCUCUCGUUAGACCAAAAUCACUUAUAGAAAAAGCUCGAAUGAAUGUAGCUUGGUUGGAUUCUUCAUUGUCGAUCAUGGAACAAGGAGUUCGCGAGCACGACACGCUUUGUUUGAGAUUCAAAUUCUAUUCGUUCUAUGAUUUGAAUCCUAAAUAUGACGCCAUCAGGAUAAAUCAGAUAUUCGAGCAGGCGAAAUGGCAUUUGUUGAAUGAAGAAAUCGAUUGUACGGAAGAAGAAAUGCUUAUGUUUGCCGCAUUACAGCUACAAGUGAAAUUACAAGCGAACCAACCUCAACCUCAUCUGGACAACGGAAGCACUCCUUCGCCCGUCGAAGAUGACAUAGACGCCGCUCUAAAUAACCUCCAAACGACCUUAGAAGGUUCGAGUAUCAGUACUUUUUCUAACGACAUCACCCAAGUGCCGGAAUUGAGAGACCAACUUAGAUUUUUAAAACCGAAACGUUUUACACUUAAAGCGUACAAAAAAUAUUGGUUCACAUGUCGUGAUCUGCACCUAUACAUGUACAAGAGCAGGGAAGAUAUGCUCAAUACGCAAAAUCCAGUUUUUAACGUCAAUUUGAAGGGUUGCGAAGUCACCCCCGACGUUAAUAUAAUGCAGAAUAAAUACGUUAUCAAAUUAGAAGUGCCAAGCUCAGAAGGAAUGUCCGAAAUGUAUAUAAGAUGCGACGAUGAAACUCAAUAUGCUAGAUGGAUGGCAUGCUGCAGAUUAGCAGCAAAAGGUAGAUCAUUGGCAGACAGUUCGUAUGAAACUGAAAAAAAGACAAUUCUAGACUUCUUGCAUCUACAGAAACCUUCCAUACAACCCGUCAUCAAUCCAAACAACCUAGAUUUACAAUUGGAAGAUUAUAUCGCUCCGAAAUAUUUAAAAAAAUCAAAAGCAAAAUUAACUCAGAGGAUACUAGAAGCUCACGCGAACGUCAAAGAUCUGAGCCUGAUAGACGCCAAGAUGAAUUACAUCAAAGCCUGGCAACUUCUUCCCGACUACGGCGUCACUCUCUUCGUCGUAAAAUUCAUGAAUUCCAAAAAAGAAGAAUUAUUAGGUGUCGGUUACAACCGCAUAAUGAAAAUGGACAUAAAUACCGGCGAUCAUCAAAAAACUUGGAGGUUCAAUACCAUGAAAGCAUGGAACGUCAAUUGGGAAAACAAACAUAUGAUGGUGCAAUUCGAAGAAGAAAAUAUCGUUUUUAGUUGUUUGUCCGCCGAUUGUAAAGUCAUACACGAAUUUAUCGGCGGUUAUAUUUUCUUAUCGACCAGAUCUAAAGAUGCCAGUCAAACGCUUAACGUAGAAUUGUUCCAUAAAUUGACUGGUGGAUGGUCCUAGAUUAUUUAAAUCAGUGCCUUUAAUGGAAAUGUGUCAAUUAACAAUUAUUUUUAUCCCUUCAGUAGACCUUCUCAUUGAGUAGAUAUAUAUAUAUAUACGUCGCUCCAAAAUGGCCCCGAGGAUUUUUUCUUAGAACAUUAGUUUCUUAUAUCACCCAGUAUAAAUAGUCAAGGCUCGAAGCCAAUUGUUUGUAUUGGGUAAACAUUUUCUUUUCUUCGGAUUAGAUUUGUCGGGAUGUAUAUUUGACAUUUAUAAGUUGUGUUAGGGCUCAGCUGUUGAUUUCCGAUGCCUUUGCUUUGUUAUGCAAUUUCUUCAACCAUUUUUUUCUCCGACAAGAUGGUGUAGAGUAUUGAAUGCUUCAUAGAAUACUAAUAAAGCGAUACUCUCUGCAAAUAAUAGUCUUGGAACAAAUUUUAAUGAUGAUACUUUUGCAUUACUGUCCCACAACAGAAAUCGAUGUGUCCCAAGUAGAUUUUUCCCAUUUAGGACAUAAUUUCAUACAAAUAUUGUUUGUUUUCAUGGUUAAGAAGGCUUGUGCCCCAUUGUAACUCUCUGGUUUCCAUUUAUUUACAUGUUAUAUAGGUCGUUUUUCCCUUUUAGAGCAUAUUUGCAUACAAUUUUUGUUGUCUUAUUAUUAGAGAGUCUUGGGUCUCGUUGGAAUUCUCUGGAUUCCAUUUCUUUUAAUGUUUUAUAGCUCCCCUAUCAAAAAUCGAGUGUCCCAAGUGUAUUUUUUCCAUUUCCCAUUCUUCGUCAAUUAAAAAAAAUAAUUUCACUUUAACAAUAAGUCACUUUCGUUCUCAUCAUUUCACAUCUUGUAUCCUUUUAUUCCUUGUGAUCCACUAUUGUAGCUCCAAGUUGUCUAAAUUCUUCAAUUAUCUUAUAUAAGUUAUGUUUGUCGAUGGUAUUAUUCAGUCUCUUAGGUUACCAUUCCUGAUAUCAUUGAUGAUAUUCAUAUUGAACGCACUGUUUACUACCUCUACAGCAAUAAUUAUAAUUAAAUAGUUUGGUAUUUAAAACCCGAUAUGAACCAGUGAUUUUUGGAAGGCUCAAAUUACCAAUUAGUCUAAUAGUGUGUGGCAGUAAACAUGAUUUCAAUAUAUAUAAUAUAAUUAAUAACAAUUACAUUAUCUGGUCCUUCAAGCCGGGUAUAACGACUUAAAGAAGGCUCCAAGGAUCAGAUUCUACUUCUAUCAACCAACUAGUAGGAUUAAAAUAAUUUUUUUAAACGAGAAGGUUUACUGUUGGUUUUUAAAUUUUUUAAUAAUGUCUAAUGCCAGAAUCUAAUCAACUAAUAUUGACUUUUGGCAUUGCUUUUAAUGACAUUGUUUUACAUUAUGUCGAUUUUUGUAAAUAAUAUCGUCAGUAUUUCGUUAUGGGUCGAGUUAAAUUCAUACUAUGAAGAUGCACACCGUAUUUUAUAGGGUUUGUUCCGAAUUGUAUAUGAAUAACGAAAACUUGAGGUUGAGGUAAAAAAAUUGUGUUUCAAAAAAUAUUCGAUAUUGGACAUAUUUCAAAACUGUAUUCGUAAAUUUUGACAUCACACGGUAUAGUUUUUUCAAACUGAGGUGGAGUUAUCUCAGUAAUAAUAACCUCGACCUAUAUUGGUCGUGAUUCACCUCGAGGAUCAUUGUGGUACCCUUUAUUUUUCACAAUUUGGAUACUUAGCUAACUACUUAACUAUCUUAGCUUAUUUUUAAGCAUUUCCAAUCUAGAAACAGUUUUUUCACUUCUUCUAAUUCUGCUAUUUUUUUCGAAACAAUCUACUGCAUCUUUGAUGUCAUAUUCCCAUCAAGGCAGAUGUUCGAUCGUCUCUUCUUCUCCGUUACACUCUUUAAAAUAAUUAUCCAUUGUCAUUCUCCAUUUCUAGAGUAUUGUACUAUAUCCAGUGGUUACCCCAAAUAUCUUUUAAAUUUAGUGUUUCGUGAAUGUUAUUAUCUUUUUGUUUCUUGUCCAAGUCGCUCUGGAUAUCAUGUUUAUUCAUAUAUUUUAAUUUUUAGUUUCUAUCACUUGCCUCAAUAGCUUCUUUCAACAAUUUCAUCAUUAGUAAUAACUGUCUUCUUUGGUAACUUUUCAUCACGUCCUACUUUUUGCAAGCCUAGUACUUCCUUCCACUUCAUAGUGUCAAAGUGCCCAGUAAAGACUCAUUUUUGUGUCACUAAUCCAGGAAAAACUACAGUUAUUAAUAAAACCGAAAAAUUAUCAAUGUAUGUAUGCUUGUUGUAGAUGAAUAUCCACUAAGACCUGAUGAAUAUAUCGGGUCCUCUUCUCUACUCAGCUUCCAAAUACUAUAUUUGAAACUAGUAGUCCUUUGUUCCUGAUUCCUGAGGUUUGAUUAAUUAUUUCUGUUUUAUCUAGCAUUUGGUAGCAGCAUUAAAUAUAUGGACGUUUCCUCUCCAGCUUACAAAAUCUGGAGUAUCUUUUUUCCACCAGAUUGAGUUUCUGUAAUGUCAAAUUAGAUGAUAAUGUCUUGUUAGAACUCUUAAAUUAGAAAAUCUGGUGCCCCGUUGGAAAUUUCCUGAUUCCAUUAGGUUUAAUACAGAUACCUUGGCUAAACUGUCUAACCACAAAAGGUAUUUACCAUCUAGGGCACCUUGUCUUACAAAUCUUGUUUACGCUUAAUAAAUCUUGUACUUCACUGGAAUUUUCUUGAUUCCAAUACUUUCAACGCCCAUAUAUCUGGUAUACUGUCCCACAACAGAAGUGGAGGUCGUCCUAACUAUCUAGGACAUUUAUUUAUAAGAAUCCUGUUGUUGUAUGGUCAGUAAAACUUGUCUUCCAUUGGAGUUUUCUUUAUUCCAUUUGUUUUAAUGCUGAUACUUUUGCUAUACUGUCCUACGACAAGUACAAGGGUAUCCUAGAGGAUAUUUUCCAUCUAGGGUACCCUAUCUUACGAAUCUAAAGAUGAGGAGAUUUAAAAUCACUUUAAUGCAGCUGUUGAGGAUGAUUUCAAGGCUCCAAUUGCACACUAGCAAACAAGUCUUUGUACCUUGGAAAGAUUGUUCCUUGUGGUGUUCAGACUAGUUCUAGUACUCGAAACUACUGCCCUGUACAUACAACCCCAAUUUUUUGCUUCAAAGUUGGCUGCACACCAUCUCCUUUUCGUGUUUGUUCCAUAGAAGUUUACUGUCUAGUAUGAGUCCCAGAUAUUUCCCUUCUAAUUUCGACUCAAUGGCUUGACCGGGUAACAUUAACUAGUUAAUUUGAUUAUUUUUUGUGUAUUUAGUUUCUCACCUUAGAAAUGUCCACAAAAUAAAAGAAAAUGAAAAUAUUGUUCGUUUAAGUUUACCAGACAUAAUUAAAAUUAAUUCUUUAAUUAAAUAUUAAUCAAAAUUUCAAAUUCUAAUUACCAAUUAUGCCUUAUUAAGUGAAAUGUCACUUAUUUUCAUAUUAAAAAAAAUUGAUAUACUGCUAUUGAUAUUUUUAUGGUUUUUUAAAUUUUUUUUUAAACGAACAAAGUGAAAAUUUUGAAAAUCACUUUUGAAUUAUUAAAAAUUGUGUAUUCAGAAUUGAUUAUUGAAGUAGUGAUGAAUUUGGCACGUCCAAUAUAAAAUUGAUUUAGAUUUAUAUUUAUUAUUGUAAAAUAAAGUGCUUAUAUUUUACGCUAUCGAUUUGUUGCUUUUAAUGUUAUAUAUUAAUGUUACUAAAUAUUUUAAACAUUAUUUUUACCACGUUUAUAUAUUUUAACUUUACAUUGAACACUAUACACAGUACAUAAUGCCGAUAUUUUAUAUAAAUUCAUUUUAUGUACAAACGUUAUUAAUAAACUAUAACAAUUUUUCA